CUUCUUAAACGAAAAACCAAAAAGCCCAAAUACAACAAAUAAAAACCUUCACCAAAACAGCAAUAAUUAUGGUAAUAACUAUUUAAUUAAGGACUUGUCUUUUGUGUGGACGAACCAGGGUAACAAAAUUGGGAAGGCAAUAACUCCUAUCAGAUGGUCCGCGAUCCAAGAGCUGUCCAUUUGUUCUAUUUGUCUAGGUUAUUCAAAAUUUUAAUAAAUAAUAUUUGCCAAAUUAUGGAUUUUCGUAAAAUAUUGCUUGCUAGAAAUUUAAAUCAAAUUCGACAUUAUUGUAGUAAAAGGAGAAAAGAAACCCUUCCUGAGAAAUCACCGUUUAAAAAUAUGCAAAUGUUUAGCAGGGAUGGAGAUAACGGUACCUCAAAACUUCUCUCGGGAGAAAUUCUUCCCAAAGACCAUCAAAUGUUCGUAGCUAUAGGUGCCACAGAAGAAUUGCUGAGUUAUAUUGGAUUAGCUCGGGAAUAUGCCUACGAGUCUGAGCAACUAUAUACGGACAAAUUAAAGAGAAUUCAAACCAUUGUUAUUGAUAUUAGCACUGCAAUUUCUAGAAAUAACAAGGUUACUAUUUUACCUAUCUACACCAAAGAGUUGGAGGACUGGAUACAGGAAUAUGCAAAACAAUUAUCACCACCAGAACAACACAUAAUUCCUGGAGGGGGUAUAGCAAGUGCUUCUUUACAUGUUGCCCGGGCAAUUUGCAGAAAAACAGAAAGGGUGGUGCUUCCUUUAGUCAGAGAAGAAAAACUUGAUAAAGAAGCUGCUGUUUAUCUUAAUCGUCUUUCAGAUUUUCUCUUUACCGUUUCCAGAAUUGCUGCAAAACAUGAUCAAAGAAAUGAGAAUAUUUACAUACCCAAACCAGAUGAAAAAAUCCAGGCCCAGUAAAUGAAAAAUUUUUUGGAUUGUUAUUGAAAUCGUUCUCCUUUUGAUUUUCUGUGCUGAUUAGCAGUCAAUUUAAAGAGAAAGAGAGAGAAAUUGAGAGAGAAUUCAUAGACCCUAGUGUUUAACUUAAAAAAUUGAUUAUUUUUCCUACUUUUUGUCUCAGCAAAGAAUAUAAUCUAUGUUCUUAUGGUUUUUCCUCCUUGUUCCUUGUAGCUUCUGAUACAUGGCAGAUGUCUAGAUUUUAUAUUUAGUUGCUAACAAAUUCCAUAAAAAAAAUGUGAAAUUGUUAUUAAUAAUAAAUUAUUAAAGAAGUUUCAUUUUCCGUUACUUGCAAGAAAGUAAGUUCAGUCAUAUGGAAAAAUUAUUCAAAUGAAUUUUAAUUGUUGAUAUCUUGGAAAAUCAAUUAGUUAUAUCCAGUUCAUGAAAUAAUUAUUUAAUUAUAUUAAUUAAUAAUUAUGAAUUAUGACAGUGUUUCUUAUUUUGUUUUUUUUUUCAACCACCUGGGCUAUAUUUUUGAGACCAAAGUUUUCACAAACAACAAAACUGUGGGCACUCUUAGUUUCUGAGCUACAGAGUGAUUAAAAAUAGGGCAUUCUCAGG